AUGAGAUUUUCCUCCCCUACGUCGUUUGAUGGUAAUACCGCCAUCGGUCGGUUUGCCAGAGCCUCGUCUGUUGGCCAACAGGGUGCACCACGUGAAGAUGCGAUUGCGUCGAGCGAGAAUGUUCGGCUCGCGCCGUCGCUCAGGAGUCAGAAGGGCGCCAUCUGGGCCAAAAAUCCGAUAAACUUCGACUGGUGGGAGGUGGACAUCAUGUUCAAGGUCACCGGUAGAGGGAGGAUAGGCGCCGACGGAUUGGCGUUCUGGUAUACCACAACCCGGGGAGACUACACCGGUGAUGUGUUCGGUUCAUCGGACCGAUGGAACGGUCUGGCCAUCAUCUUCGAUUCGUUCGACAACGACAACAAGCACAACAAUCCUUACAUCAUGGCUGUACUCAACGAUGGAACGAAGGUGUUCGACCACAAGAGCGAUGGCUCUCAGCAACUUCUAUCAGGCUGCCUUCGCGACUUCCGCAACAAGCCUUUCCCGACACGGGCGCGAGUUGAAUACUACAUGAACACCCUUACAGUGUACUUCCACAAUGGUAUGACCAACAACGACGCAGAUUACGAACUAUGUUUCCGAAGCGAGAACGUAGUGUUGCCAAGGGGAGGUUUGUUCGGUGUUUCGGCUGCGACCGGGGGUUUGGCCGACGACCACGAUGUGAUACACUUCCUUACUACAUCGCUUCAUUCUACGCAGCAACAGGGUGGCGGUCAGCAAAUGAGCGCAGAUGAGCAGCAAAAAUUGGCUCAAGAAUAUCAAGAGUACCAACAGAAGUUGCAACAGCAGAAGGAUCAAUAUAAGAAGGAACACCCCGAUGAGGUGCACGAAAAGGAUGAAUUCGAAGAUUGGUUCGAAUCGGACGGCCAACGAGAGUUCCGUCAGAUAUGGCAAGGGGUUAUGGCUCUUCAAGACACAUUGAGGGAUCUGAACAAGAAAGUCGACGAGGUUAUAGGCAAACAGACCAACUCUCUGACCCUUCUAAGUGCAGUGUACAGUCACACGCAAGGUCAGCCGCUACAACCCGUACAACCAGGACAAGCGCCUGCGCAGAUGCCGUCGCUACCCAUCGGAAGGCAUGAUUGGGACGCUUUAGUUACAAAUAACCAACUGAUGAUCAACACCAUCGCAGAGCUGAAAGGGUUCAUAAUCGAGGUUUCUCGUAAAUCGGACGCUUUGAUAGCGGCCGGGGGAGGCGCGGGUGGAGCGGUCAACACACAGUUCUUGGGGGAGAUGCGGGAGUCUAUAGGACAUGUGAAGCAAGCCAUCGCCGGAGUGGCGCAGAGCAUCACAGCUGACCAUUAUGUUCCUAUACUCGAUGUACAAAAAAGGUUCACGUUAUUGGUUUUGUUGACUAAAUUAAUGCUGGACGCAGGAUUUGUGAAAGCAGAAACAACAAAACUCUUUGACUUAGUACCUACUAAGUAUCCCUGUCUUUGGGACACGACACACAGUUCAUAUAAACAAUUAGAUGUGAAAGACGCAGCGUGGAAAGAGAUUAUAAAGAAAACAAAAAUUGAAAAUGUUACACUGGCAAAGACAAAAUGGAAAAAUUUGCGUGACACGCACCGUGAAAAACUAAAAAAAAUUUACAGGACAAAAAGUAGACAGUCACAGAAAAAAAUUAAACCCUGGAAGUACAUGACUCGAAUGGAAUUUUUGCUUCCAUAUAUGUCAAGUACAGAAAGAGAUUCAAAUGUUUCACUUGAGAUAUCUAAAAGUUUGGAGGAAACAGCUAGUGCAGCAGAAGAUAGUGGAGAUUCAGACUCAUUAGUGAAGACAAACCCCAAAAAAAUUAAGACGGUAGAAAUGGUUCCUGACAAUGAAAAUAUGUUGUCAAUUUAUUUAAAAGAAAUGCAAAAAAUUCGAGAAAACCGAACUGCACAGAGGGACGAGCUAAGUAAAGUACUUACAUCAUCAAGUGAUUCGUUGAAAGCUUUUUUUGAUUCCAUGUAUCAAAGCACAAAGCAGAUGCCGGAGUGUUAUCAAAGAGAGAUAAAAAGAAAUUUGUUUCAAUCUGUUAUGGAUGCUGAAGAAAAUAUUGAUAAUACAAAGUAUUCAUAUCCUGGCAACUUCUCAAAUCAGGCAAAAUAUUCUUCUGAACACUCUUCUACUUACUCACCUGAACCGAGCGAUUCAGGGAUAGCUGCUCAUGGGUACGACUGGAGAGCCAAUCGGCGCAACGCACGCCCACCCGCGCACCUCGUUUCCCCCCAAGACAUCUUAAUUUUUACUUCUGCGCAAUAA